AUGAUUUCUGAACAUACCCCAGUUGACCUCGAUGAGUGUGCUAACCAAGAACCUCCGAUCCAACUUGCUGGCUGGGCCCAUUCUCGUGUCCGUGAUAAGGGUGCUCCAGCCACCUCAAAACCGUUGCUUUCGAGGGAUUUUUCGAACAGUUGUUCAUCUGGUUAUAGUUCGGCAUCCCAGUCUGCUCCACCUACCUGUAACGCUGAGCGAGUGCUCAACUUCGCCUUUGGAUGGGCACCUUCAACAAACCCGGUCUUCUCUAAUCAGUCUCAGUUAACACUCGGAAGAAAGCCUGACGGGUUUGGCUCAAGCCCUCCAACACUUAGACGUACUCAAUCCUGCUAUAGUCGCGGAUGGCUGUCCAAGCGCCAUCGUGCACAGAACUGGCCUCGCAUCUCUGGAAUAAUGAAAUCGUUCUCCGGGUCUAUGUCCCCUCAUAUUGCGGAUACGAACUCAUGUCCGGCAGCACUGACCAGCGGAAUCCAGUCAGGUGUUCAAUACCCGGAGCCCCCUAAGAGAUUGUCCCUGCCUCCUCUAGGCGAACGGUUUUCACCCGUACCCGACACCAGUCCCUCACAUGCUCCCACUGGGUUUGACAAGUUCAACUUUUCGCGCACCAGUGCAGAGGGUGAUGGGCAUUUGGAUGUAUCCCUUGAUUGUUCGGGUCUGCCUCAAGCAAAAAAGCUACGGAUGGAUAAUGAAGCUUCGGCGUUCCCAAUUGCACCGGCUGACUCCUCUCGUGAGGACAAAGUCGAUGUUGACAACACUUUGCCAUUAGAUGAUUCUAGAUGUGACGCAAUGCAUAACUCAUCGGAGCACGUAAAGUCUGGUGCUGGCAAAGCGAAAGUGCCUUUCGAGGUGUUUCGUCACCAUUCAACCCCGUUGGUUUCUGCGCGGCCACUACAUCUUCCCUUCGUUUGUCAAUUGGUAUCGUCGCCAACGCCUCAGAUACCGUUGGCGAACAAACCACUUCUUUCCAGGAGUAGUUCCGUCCCUAUAUCUACUAUUUCUGAAAAGUUGGGGCGAUGCAUCAGCAUACUGGAUAAUCCGAACUUCCGCUGUGAUGGGAGGCGACCCCGUGCGUUACCCGUUAUUAGCAGGACUGAUUCCGGCUUGCACUGCGUCUCGAUCGACACUGUAGCGGAGUUAGUGACCAAUCCGGAUGAUAAACGUAAUCCCAGCUUCGUGAUUAUUGAUUGUCGUUUUCCGUAUGAAUACGAUGGUGGGCACAUCAACGGUGCAAUUAACAUCUUCACACAUAGUGACCUUGUUUUGGAGAUUUUCAACCGCGUCCCUGCACAGCGCCCACCGGGCUCCUCUGGACCUCCAAAGAUCCUAGGUGAAUGUUUGGCCAAGCGACUUGCACUAGCCCCUAGAGAACCAUUGUCUGCGCCCUGCGAGCCCAUAUCGGAUGAGGAAUCAGACGAAGAUGACCUUGAUUUGGGUCAGUUCACUUCGGAAGCGUCGCAGUUGGAGUUGGCUGUUGCCGCGGCCAAUGAAAACAACAAGUCCGAUCCGCCUGAAGAUGGGACUGCCGACAGCCGAUUGGAAACGGACAUAAGCAGUCUCAGUAGUGGGACAAAUUUCAGUGGUUCGUGUGGAUCACAGGAGUCCGCAUUUGUUGUGAUAUUUCAUUGCGAGUUCUCCUCUCAACGAGCUCCCGACCUGGCGGCAUUCCUGCGGAGCGUUGAUCGCCUAUCCAACUACCAUCGUUACCCUUUCCUCUACUUCCCGGAAAUCUACGUUAUGAAGGGUGGUUAUUCGGCUUUCUUCCAAAAGUACUCGCACAUAUGCACGCCACAAACGUACGUGAAAAUGUCUAACCGAGACUACCGAACGCAUUUCCGUCUCUAUCGGCGUUUGACGAAACGCGUCAGUUCGGCUUGCACUGCCUGCAUCCGGCCACAGCAUAAAUUGUUGGACCAACCGGUUGUGGAUCCGAUGAACAGCUUCGGACAAACAUCACUGACAAAUCGUUCGAUGGAAAUUGCAAAGCAACCCCUCGGAUCAAUCUUUCCAACGCUGGACGUUCGACCGCAACCGGCCGGUAUUGUGGCUUGCGAGGAUGAAGCUAUGCUUGUCCCGAUGGACGCGUGUGAAGAUCAAGAAAAUAUGAACAACACUUCCGGUGCACCACUUAACAGCCCCUCCAACAGACCAGUCGAAUCUCCAGUUAGCCGACGUUGUUCACCACACGCUAUGUCAGAUGUUGAAGACACAGCGUCGAGUUUGAGUGACAGUCCACUGAGUCUGGCGGAGACCGUGAUUCGUGUGGGUCGGCGAGUGAUUGCCGCAACACUGUGCACGGCUGACCCUUCGAUCGGUGCAAACAAUCUCUUGGAAAAGUUUAACAGUCAAAUAGCAAAGGAUGCGACCAGAGCUGGUGAAUGUGCGCGACCUCGCGAACCCCUCAAACGCGCAAGCACUGUCGUUGGAAUGGGUGAUUGGACAGCGGAAAAAACGGCAAAUCGGUCGAAACGCACUCCAACUCAACAACUUAUCACAAAUCCAUUCCUAUGUGAUGAGUCCAAAUUGCUGCAAACCACUCCAGCUUUUGAUCGAACUCGCCCUGUCACAGUUAUUCGCACACCGUUGAACUGUGUCAAUAACCGACAGGGGGGGUUGGUGAAUUUUUUUAACACCAGUCAAACCCCGAUUAUUCCCGGUCGAACCCGUAAACCAUCGGCCUCGAGCAGCCAAUCCUAAGUCUUUCCAGUUCUCCAUUCACACCUUGAUGAAUUCCCACUUGGUCCCUCCCGCUUGCAACUGAUAGGUGUGCAUACGUUUCCCAGUUUACUACUUGUGAUAUGUGCAUUUAGGUUCUUCCUCACUCCGUGCAUUUCACAGCUGAUCUAUUGCUAACUGACUCAGUUCCUUUCAUCAGUUUAUCACUCAACACUCCCCUCUGAUCCAACCGUGCACUGUAAAGUUACGUGUACGCAGAAAAAGAAGACUCGAGUGUACAGUCCGCAUGAACUCUCAUUUUCACUUAUUCUUGUUAUCUUUAUUGCUGUUAGUAUCGCCCCUCGGCUAUUCUUCGCGGUUCUUUUUUAAAGUUCCAUGUGAAUCGUGCCGGCCUAGAUUAUUCUACUGACGUGAUUUUCACUCCCAUUCUGUGUUCACUUCUCUCCGACCCCAUCGCACAUGGUGACCCGAUAGUAACUAUCACCCCAACUCCAUGGUGUUCGAAUGUACGCCCUCGAUCGGCCGUCUGUUCAGGUUGUGUUAUAAGUGUUCUUGUUUUAUCACCCCUGUUCCGCUUUCCUAUUUCCGUGUCGUCGGGCGGCUUCGGUUUUUAUUAGUUUUUUCUCACUUCUCGGGAUGUUUUCACAGGGAGUGCGACACGGUUCUGAAUUUUCUUCCCCGCCAGUUUAUGUGUGUGUGUGUGUGUUUAGGUUCCGCAUGUUUUUGCCCUCAGUUCAGUUUGUCUGCCCGUUUAUAACUCGAAGAUGUUUUUGUACCACAGCUACCGACGAUUGGCAA